UAUAAUUAGACUCUAUUAUAUAUACCAGAGACAAUAUGUUAUCAUGAGAAUCAUUAGGAGGGAGAGAUCAGAGAUGAAAGACCAAAUCCCACUUCUAACCCCUUACAAAAUGGGUAAUUUCCAACUUGCGCACAGGAUUGUGUUAGCUCCACUGACAAGGUUUAGAUCUUACAAUAGCAUUCCUCAAUCAAAUGCUAUCUUAUAUUACUCUCAAAGAACAACCGAAGGAGGAUUUUUGAUCACUGAAGGCACUCUCAUAUCACUUGCAGCCCAAGGGUAUAAGAAUGCACCUGGAAUAUGGUCAGAGGAACACAUCGAUGCCUGGAAACCCAUUGUAGAUGCUGUUCAUGCAAAAGGCGGCGUCUUCUUUUGUCAACUCUGGCACCUUGGGAGAGUUUCCGAUCAAAGUUAUGAGCCAAAUGCUGGAGUAUCACCUGUCUCUUCCACAGACAAACAAUGUAGUCCUGUAGUUGACAGCAACGGCCAUGUUUUGUUUGAAUUUCCACCUCCUCGAAGACUAAAAACCAAGGAAAUUAGUGGAAUUGUUAAUGAUUACAGAGUUGCAGCAAGAAAUGCUAUGGAAGCUGGAUUUGAUGGCGUUGAGAUUCAUGGGGCUCAUGGGUAUCUAAUCGACCAGUUCUUGAAAGAUGAAAUCAAUGAUCGGACUGAUGCAUAUGGAGGUUCAAUAGAGAAUCGAUGCAGAUUUGCCAUGGAAGUAGUGGAAGCUGUGAUAAAUGAGAUCGGAGCCAAUAGAGUUGGCAUCAGGCUUUCACCAUUUGCAAAUUACAUGGGUUCAGGAGAUUCAAACCCAGAAGCUUUAGGUCUUUACAUGGUGAAAUCACUAAACAAAUACGGGAUUCUCUAUUGCCACAUGGUGGAACCAAGGAUGAAACUUCUGGAAGAGCGAAGGGAAUGCACAGUCAGUUUGGGAGCCAUGAGAGAGGCGUUUAAUGCUACUUUCAUUGUUGCUGGUGGAUACGAGAGGGAAGAUGGUAAUGAUGCUAUAACUCAGAAGCAUGCAGAUCUUGUAGGAUAUGGUCGUUUGUUCUUGGCUAACCCUGAUUUACCGAAAAGAUUUGAGCUUGAUGCUCCACUUAACAAGCAUAAUAGAGAGACAUUUUACACAGAAGAUCCGGUUGUUGGCUACACCGAUUAUCCAUUUCUUGAAACCACAGUUUGAGUUU